UUCUGAUUUUGAUUUUUGACAUUUGAAUCAAGCAAGAGAAUAACCACAGAUUUUAGAACGGAAACUAUGGCGAACUCAGAACCGAAGACGGAUUACGCAGAAAUCUAUACAGCAUUAGAUGCCUUGGACGCCUCCUCCGUCUUUCACACCUUCUACGACGUCGUAGGGUUUGUUCUUUACAUGCACCAGCAAAUUCCCUCCACGGUGCAGGAUAUGGCCAUCGAAUUUGAAGCGAUGCAUUCGGAGUACAAGGAGCUGGAAACGGAGUUGGGAACUGAGGUGAAGCCAUCGUUUAGGAGAAAGCAUGUUAGCAAAAUGAGGGAUAUCAAGGUAGGAAUAAAGAGAUUGGAUAAGUUGAUGAAUUCACUUUUGAAUUUGCAAACCGCGUUUAAAAUCGCGAUCGACGAGGUUCCCACCAUAGACGGUGUCGUUGUGGCGCUUGGAGCUAGCCCACUUCGACCUCAGCAUAUUUAUGAGUUGAAUUUUUCCCAUUCGAUUGGUGUUUCCAAGGGUGCUGAUGAUUUUGCUAGGAGUAAAGCGGCUGAGAGUCUUUCGAGAAAGGCGAUUCGGACACUGAUAUCGAAAGGUGCUGGAUCUGUGACCUAUCCCGGCCCUAUCAGAUUGUUUGUGUUGAUAAAGGCCCCAUCUUCUUUCAAUCAGCCUUUGCAUUUUCUGCCUAAACGCGAUUUUAGGUAUAACAGAAAGGUUGUGCCUCUCGGGCUACUGUUUAAGUGCAGAAAUCAGAAUCAGGAAAUGGUCGCUACUGCUUCAGAAGAUUUAAUUUGGUUUCAAUGUCGACAUGUGAUAAAAGGCCUUGCAAUGAACACAUUGCCAGAAGAAUAAAAUCCUCCACUUUACAGUUAGAUAGGAAAAAAUGUAAAUAUAUGAUUCAUGCUUGAAGCUAAUGUUUCCUUGUUGUACACUUGAUCUUAAUGAACACGCUGCUAGCUUGUUAAUCUGGAUGUUAUUACACAGCAUAUUAGACAAAGACUACAGAUGUUGGCCUGGUAA